AUGAAAGGCUUUUUAUUUCUCUUUUUCUUCACCCUUGCUUUUUCAAAGAAGAAAAAGUCGAAAAACAGAGAUGAAGACGAAUCUUGCCACAGCUACUGCAGAUGCAAUAAUCAAAAGAAAACGAUCAUCUGCUAUGCGCAAGGAAUCAUCGCUCCCAAAUUUGACCUAGAGGACAAGUCGCUUUCCGAGGUCGUCCGCUUGGAUCUAAGAAGCAAUCAAAUUGAGGAGCUACCAGUUUUCCCAGAGAUGCCAAAGCUCAAUUUUUUACAGCUUCAAGAGAACGCAAUAAGUUUAAUUGAGCCCAAUGCUUUCAAUAAGACAAGAGGGGUCAACAACGUCUUCCUGAACGAAAACCACCUAACGCGUAUCGAAAAAGAAACCUUCUCCGGCUUGCUUGACGUAAAACUCCUCAGUCUAUCAAAAAACAAGCUCGACAAGAUCGAAAACUUCGCCUUCGUCGAGCUCCACUCCCUCAUCACCCUCUCCUUGUCCGACAACUUCCUGGACAAAAUCACGCCAAAGAUUCUCGAAGGGCUCGAAAAGCUGAAAACACUUGAAUUGAAUGGAAACCAGUUGAGAAAACUUCACAAAGAUACGUUUUCUGAAACAAAGCAACUGAAGAAUUUGGAUCUUAGUGAAAAUUUACUGACAGAAAUUCCAGCUGCGAUCAGAAAUUUGGAGAAAUUGGUGGUUCUAGCGCUUCAAGGGAAUAAAAUUGGAGCGGUUGAAAUGUCAGGUCUAGAAGGUCUUCAAAAUCUCGAAAAACUCGACCUCUCGAACAACCUCAUCAAGUCCAUCCACCCGAAAGUCUUCAUCCCAACUCCAAGCCUCACUCUCGCCGACUUCUCCGGAAACGAAAUAAAAGUCCUCGAGCCUUUCGAAGCCCUCAACCUUGGCCAAACCGAACUUAGCUUUGAUCGAAAUGAGCUUGUCUGCGAUUGUGGGCUGCGAAAAUUCAACGAGUGGGUGAAAAACGGUCCAAAUGGAAUGAAGAUCGUUUCGAAUUGCUUUUCCCCGGAGGUGCUUUUUGGAGCGAAUAUCGUCGAGCUCAACCAGGAGGAGUUUUGCAGCCCGGAUGAUAUAACAACAACGACGACAAAAUUUAUCAGCGAGCUGUUCACUUGCCCCGAGGGAUGUUCCUGCGCGAGCAAUGUCUACCACGUGAACUGCAUCGCACUCAAUUACCGAGAAAUUCCAGCAGAGAUCGGAAUCGGUACGAAAUUGUUGGAUUUGCGGCUAAACAAGCUCGAAGUCCUUGAAGAGCUCGAGUUCGCUGGCUUGAAUUAUUUGGAAAGUCUUCAUUUGGAUUUGAAUCAAAUUAUGCUCGUGAAGCAGGGCGCUUUCAGGGGGCUCAAGAAGCUUAUCUACCUCUACCUGUCCCAAAACAACAUCAAAUAUCUAAUGCCCGGCUGUUUCGAAGACCUAGAAAACAUCUCCUACCUUUAUCUGAGCCACAAUAGCAUCAUUGAAAUUCCUAUGGCCGUUUUUCGCCCAAUAAAGCAUCUGUACGACCUUCAACUGCAGCACAAUCAGAUCACAAAAUGGAAGCUCGGCUACUUCGAAAAAGACUGUCGGAUUCGAAAGUUGGACUUGAGCUACAACAAUUUGACUGAAAACGCCAUCGAACCGCAUGGUUUCAUUGGCCUUGAGGGACUGGACUCCCUUAUCUUAGAUCACAACGAUUUCACAAAGCUUCCCACCCAAAUCUCCUCCCUUGAAUACCUCGAAACCCUCUCCCUCGUCGGCAACUCAAUCGACUGGGUUAAAAACGUUUUCUCUCCGUCCGAAUACCUCAAAAACAUUCUUUUGCAAGAAAACAACAUUCAAAGAAUCGAGCCCGAUGCAUUUCGUGAUCUUGCGUAUUUGACAAAACUGGACCUGACCGACAACCCUAUUCAAAGCUUGCCGAAGUUUGAGGGUUUGGACAGAUUGCGAUAUCUAAGAAUUCCGAAAACAAAUAUUCAGUGCACAUGCAAAAUAAAAGACUUCAAGUUCGGCUUCUUGGACACGAAAGAAAACCUAGACAUUCUUGGAAACACCUGCAGCGGCCCGGAAAACAUGGUCGGUCGGACUCUAGAAAGCCUCACCAUAGGCGAUAUCUGCCCAGAAUAA